AUGGCGGCGGGAGCACACGCGAUCAAUAUUUGUAUUUUAAUAAAUCAGUCGUGUGCGGAGGUGCUGCAUUUCCAGCUGCGGGGGCACGAGGCAGUGGUGCUGUGCUCCAUGACGUGGCUGCAGGCCGAGGACCAUUUCUGCAAUGUCACCAUCGUGGCGCAGAGCCUGCCCUUCUGUGGCCAUCGCGUCAUUCUGGAUGCCUUCUCGCCCUUCCUGCGCGACCAGUUCCUGCUGAACCCCGCAGCUGAGCUGCGCAUGUUGCAGGCCCACACCAACCCCGUGCUGGCUGACCUGCUGCUGUCCUGGUACACGGGCACCCUGGAGUUUGCCAGACGCGACCCAGUCAACUACCUGACGGCGGCCAGCUACCUCCAGAUAGAGCACAUGGUGGUGUGCUGCCACGGUGCGCUGGCCCGCUUCAUCCAGCUACCGCCAGCUGCCCCCGCACAGCUGCCCAAGCCCGAGGAGGACGAGGACAAGGAGGAUGAGGAGGAUGUGGCGCCUGAUGUGUGCAUCGUCAAGGUGGAGCCAGCCGCCACCCCACACCAGCGCAGGGAGAUGCGCGCAUGGCCGGCCGUGGCCACAGCCAAGGCAGCCAGAGUGGCGCAAGGAGGAGGAGUGGCGGCGGCGGCGGCCGUGGCAGGGACGGCUGGGAUGGCAGCGCAGGACCCCCCGUGUUCCCCCCAGCUGGGAGUGGGCAAGGCCUGCUACAGCCUGGCCAAGGAUGGUGAGGGCGAGGGGCUGCUCAUCUUCCCUGGUGGCAGUGGCGAGGAGCCGGUGGGCAGCGUGAGCACCGUGAGCUCCUUGGGGGUGGCUGUGGCACGCACGGGACUGGUGGUGAGCACCCCAUCGGCGUCAUUGCGCUGCAGGAAGUGCAGGGAGGCGUUCCAGGGCGUGGAGAAGCUGGUGUUCCACAUGCGCGCCCUGCACUUCGUGUUCAUGUGCCUGCACUGCGGGAAGCAGUUCAACCACAGCAGCAACUGGAACCAACACAUGAACGUGCACCGCAGCGUGAAGUCGCAUGGCUGUGGCAUUUGCAGCAAGACAUUCACGCAGAAAUCCAUGCUGCACAACCACUUGAACCUGCACAGUGGCGCGCGGCCCUACCGCUGCUCCUACUGUGACAUGCGCUUCACCCACAAAGCCAGCCAUCCGCCGCCACCUCAAGUAACAGCAUGGCAAGACCACGGCCCAGAACAUGCUGGAGACCAGGGCGGCUGAGGGGGGGGUCCUGCUGCG